CAUUUCCUGUCACAAAACAAAAAACAUUAUCAUUAUAUCUAUCUAUCUGUAUAACCCCCCAAACAGGCACUAUAUGCAAGCAGCACUUGCAGCAAUGGCUGCUCACUCUAUCCUCUUCUCAUCUCCAACAACUCCUUCCCUUAUUUUCCCAAUUUCAAACCCUAACAAUGCUCUAUCUCUUCCAUCUUCUUCUUUUCAUGGCGUCUCCCUCAAGUCCACCAUCAACCGUCAAUCUUUAACACUCUCUGCCGCCGCCGCACCUAAACCCCUCACCGUCGUCGCCGCCACCAAGAAGGCGGUCGCCGUUCUUAAAGGAACGUCUUCUGUUGAAGGCGUUGUUACCCUCACUCAAGAAGAUGACGGUCCAACAACUGUGAAUGUGAAAAUCACUGGACUAACUCCAGGACCUCAUGGAUUUCAUCUUCAUGAGUUUGGCGAUACUACAAAUGGGUGCAUAUCAACAGGACCACAUUUCAAUCCUAAUGGGAAUACACAUGGUGCUCCUGAAGAUGAAAACCGUCAUGCGGGUGACCUGGGAAACAUAAUCGCCAAUGCCGAUGGUGUGGCGGAGGCUACAAUUGUUGAUAAUCAGAUACCAUUGACCGGGCCUAAUGCUGUGGUUGGAAGAGCCUUUGUGGUUCAUGAGCUUGCUGAUGACCUCGGAAAGGGUGGCCAUGAGCUUAGCCUCUCAACUGGAAAUGCAGGAGGACGACUGGCUUGUGGUGUUGUCGGUUUGACACCAAUAUGAUCCCAUGUUCAACUCAUUUGGCUUAUCAAAGUAUCCGCUUGGAUUCCCGCUUGAUAUACAAUGUUUGCAUAGAGGUUAUUGCUUUGCAAUUACAGAACUGUAAGCUGAAAUAAUCGUACAUUGUAUUUAGCCAAUAAUUAAUAGACGCUUUUGUCAGAACACUUUGUGAAAGAUGUAGAAAUACUUCCUGCUCUUUCAAAUAACUUGUGAGGUGAUUAUUGAACCAGAUUUAUUGGCA